UUUACUCCUUAUCUUUUAAGAAAGAUUUACUUCACGUCAUCAUGUUUUUGUGAUACAGAACUUAACCACAACUAUGACUGAAAAACAAAUAAUCUUACAUGUGGGGAAAAUUAUAUCGUAACUUCUGAUCAUAUAGCAAAAUGGGAAAACGUAAAGGAAAGAGAGGAAGAACUGCUCGAAAUGCAAGAAAAGGUAUUAAUAAUGCAGAACCAGAAGAAAUUGUGAAAGCACCUCAUUCAUUUGUAAUCAACAGAGGAAAAUUAGGGAAAAGUGCCAAUGAACUUUUACUAAAUUUUCGAAAAGUUAUGGAGCCUUUCACUGCAUCUCAUUUGAGAGUUCAAAAAGCAAAUGUGUUGAAAGAUUUCAUUCAUAUAGCUGGUCCUCUGAAUGUUACACAUUUAGUAAUUUUCACAAAAUCCUCACAAGCAAUGUAUCUUCGAAUAGCAAAAUUACCACAUGGACCCACUUUGACAUUUCAAAUAAAAGAAUAUUCACUCAUAAGUGAUGUUAUUUCAUCUCAGAAAAAAUCACUUAUGUAUGAAAAACUUUUUGAACAUCAUCCUCUACUGGUUCUUAAUAAUUUCAGUGGUGAAGGAAUGCAUUUCAAGCUCAUGACUACUACAUUUCAAAAUAUGUUUCCGUCAAUUAAUGUAAAUAAGACAAAUUUAAACACAAUAAGAAGAUGUUUACUUUUAAAUUACAAUGAAGACAAAACAAUUGAUCUCAGACAGUAUGCAAUUAAAGUUGUACCUACUGGAAUGAGCAAGGCUGUAAAAAAGUUAAUUCAAAGUAAAGUACCAAACUUGAGUCAGUAUGAUGAUAUAGGCGAUUUCCUUCAAAAAUCUGGAAAUCUUUCUGAAAGUGAAGUUGAAAUGGACACUCCUGCGAACACUGUAGUCCUGUCUCAACCCAUUUCAACAAGAGGCAAUAUUACUUCAGAGAAAAGUGCUAUAAGGUUAUUUGAAAUGGGGCCAAGAAUUAAAUUCCAGCUAAUUAAAAUUGAAGAAGGAUUGUUGUCAGGAGAAGUGUUGUUCCAUGAAUUCAUCAAAAAAACUCCUGAAGAAAUAAAAGCUAUUAAAGCUAAAAUAAAAGCUCAAAAACUUCUGAAAGAACAACGCCGAGCUCAACAGAAAAGAAAUGUAGAAAAAAAGAAAUCUGAAGCUAGUAAAGAAAAUGAAAAUGGUGGUGGUGGUGAUGAUGAUGAGCGAGCUGAAGAUCUAGAAUGGUAUCGCCAAGAAGUUGGUGAAGAACCUGAUGAGAGUAUUUUGCCUGUUUUAAGGAAACGCAAGGCUGCAAGUGUGGAACAUAAACCUAGAAAAAAAGUGAAAUUUUCUGAAGAUUUCAGUAAUAAAAAACAUGUAAAAUUCCAAAAUAGAACUCAAGGAAAGUUUCACGGACAGAUGAAAAAAAGCACAAAUUCUAAAAGAUUUGUUAAAGAAAAAAGAAGAAAAUGAUGGAAGUUCUUGUAAAUAUGAAUAAUUUAUAUCUAUUUGUGAAAAAAA